GGUCAUAGUUCAGGGUAAACGGCUGAAAAAACAAAAAAAUGUUUCUCUUCUGAAAUCCAAACCUCAGCUGUUAGUAUACUGUUGAUCGCUAUAGCUACACUCCAAGCUCCUCGUCUCCAUCCUCCAACACUUUUCUUUCAUACCUUCACUCAGAGUCCCACAUCUGACUUUCAUUUCUCUCAAUUCUCACUAUAUAUUGAAGCAAUAGUCUCCAUCCCGAAUCUCUCUCCCGUACAUUUCUCUCUUCAAUGGCGACGAUAACUGACUCCAUCGCUCUCUAUUCUUCGGCUCAAAAUUCAUAUCUCCGGCCGGCGAUAUCGUCAAGGCCGGCUCUUUCCAUCUCUGUUCGCCGGAGACUGGAUGCGUUGCCGGAAUUCAGGGGUUUGAGGGUUCACUUGCUUCCCAAACCGUCGCCCGCUUCCUCCAAUUUUCCAAAAGCCAGGCCUUUUCCAUCAUCUGCCGGCAUUGUCUCUCAAGCUCAGGAUACCACUCUCGAUGGCGAAUGUAUUUACCCUUUUGCUUUCUAACUACAGUUCCCACAGUUACGGAUACAACAUGGAACUCACUGGUCCUUAAAGCUGAUGGCCCUGUAUUGGUUGAGUUUUGGGCUCCAUGGUGUGGACCUUGCCGUACGAUCCAUCCAGUAGUGGGUGAACUAGCAAAGGAGUAUGCUGGGAAGCUUAAGUGCUUUAAGUUAAGCACGGAUGAUACUCCUUCAAUUGCAACCCUACAUGGAAUUCGAAGUGUCCCAACCAUCAUGAUUUUCAUUAACGGUGAGAAAAAGGACGCAAUAAUUGGUGCUGUGCCUAAAACUACAUUGACUGCUACCAUUGAGAAAUUUUUGUAGGUGGGUAUGGAAAUCUUUUGCAAAAUUUCUAUUAGUAUUUUUCUUUUCUUUCAUGUUCUCUUUGCUGUUAGGUAAUAAAUUCAUUAGUCUAUCAAAUUUGGAAGCUUCUUUUAUCUUGUCUUUUGAUGGUCAUCUAUGUUGAUUUUCUACAUGAGACGCCUCUCGACUCCUCCAAUAAUACUGGCCUUGCUGAAAAUUUCUUGCCCCAAAGAAAACUAGAGAUUUUAGAGGGUCAACUUUCGCAACUUUGAAAAUCUUCUGCAUAAGAGUCCCUACAAUGACCUGGGUCUUGCCUUCUUACCCACUCACAUUUUGUCAUAUUUUCUUCUAUUCUAGAACUUUUGAACUUAACUAGUCCUUCAUGUUGAUUUGAUGUUGUUGGAUCUUACUGAAAAAUAUGUUGAUACUUUCUUUUGAA